UGGUCAUCUCCUGUACUGUGUCCGCAGUCUCUGGUCAUCUCAUGUACUGUGUCCGCAGUCUCUGGUCAUCUCCUGUACUGUGUCUGUAGUCUCUGGUCAUCUCCUGUACUGUGUCCACAGUCUCUGGUCAUCUCAUGUACUAUGUCCGCAGUCUCUGGUCAUCUCCUGUACUGUGUCCGCAGUCUCUGGUCAUCUCCUGUACUUAUGUCCGCAGUCUCUGGUCAUCUCCUGUACUGUGUCCGCAGUCUCUGGUCAUCCCCUGUACUGUGUCCGCAGUCUCUGGUCAUCUCCUGUACUGUGUCCGCAGUCUCUGGUCAUCUCCUGUACUGUGUCCGCAGUCUCUGGUCAUCUCCUGUACUGUGUCCACAGUCUCUGGUCAUCUCCUGCACUGUGUCCGCAGUCUCUGGUCAUCUCCUGCACUGUGUCCGCAGUCUCUGGUCAUCUCCUGCACUGUGUCCGCAGUCUCUGGUCAUCUCCUGCACUGUGUCCGCAGUC